GGAUGGGACAAGGGGAAUGUUUUUGAGCUCAAAGAAGGGAGAUCGAGCUGAGAUCUCAGGCAGAAAUGUUUUGCUGUGAGGGUGGGGAGGCCCUGGCCCAGGGUGCCCAGAGCAGUGGUGGCUGCCCCAUCCCUGGAGGGGUUCCAGGCCAGGUUGGAUGGGGCUUGGAGCCCCUGAUCCAGUGGGAGGUGUCCCUGCCCAUGGCAGGGGUGGCACUGGAUGGGCUUUGAGGUCCCUUUUGACCCAAACCAUUCCAAGAUUCUUUGGUGUGACUGGGAUGAAGGAUCCAGGGUCUCUUGGCUUCAGCCUUGACUUGUGGGCUCUCAUCUGGAGAAGGAAAUCAGCACAGGGAUUUUUCUCAGCGGUGUUUACACCUGGCAGGUAGGCGGGGAAGCCGGCUAAGGCAAGGGUUAACCUCCUGCAAAGCAACCUGUUCUCCACAACUCAUGUGAUGGAGAACAGUAGCAACACUGAGGUUAGCAGUACCUUCACAGUUUUCUGCUCCAGCAACCCCAGGUAAAAUUAACAAGGUUUGGGAGGCAUCCGGAACAAGCCGGGGCAGAGGAGACAGUGGCCACAUAUGUUCAGCCUGGGCAAUCCCUGGAGGCUUUUCCUGGCCAAUUCUGCAGCCAGAGCCUGGGCUUUCACCUUGGAGCUUCUGAUCCGUGACUUUUGUCAAGCUCCCUUAGCUCCGCUGACGCUGGGGAUGGAUUAAAAGCACUAAAAUGGUAUCUUAGUGGCUGACCUGCGUGCAGGUGGCGAUCUUGGCACCCUCCAGACCUGUUGCCUGGGGAGCUCACAACUGGGGUGGAGGUGGCUUGCAGCACCUGGAUGGGGAGGCUUGGCCUCUCCCAGCCUGGGGAAGGAGGGAAACUGAGGCAGGAGAUGCUAGCACCCUCCAGUGUGGCUCCCUUUGCAUCGCCGAGGGGUCUGAGCAAGGUAGCGCGGUGGCCGUGGGGCCCCCAGCUCUGCCCAGGCUGAUAAAGGCACCUUUGUGAGCCCCAGUGCUGCGCGAGCGCUGCCACUGCUGACUCAGGGCUUUUUCCCAGCCCCGUGACCCAUUGUCGGGGGGACCCUGCCAGGGAGGGUGGCACCAGAACGGUGGGGGCCACGGGCUCUGCAGGAAGCCAGUGGCUGCGGGAGCCAGCGUUCCCCUGCGGUGGGGCGAGGGACGGAGCGGACAUCCCAGCUGAGCAAGACCCGCCCGGCUCCCAGCCCACGCACUGCCUUACCUCCAUCCACCCGUCAGAGUCGGGGCUGCGUCUUCUCCCCGCAGACGCCAUGGGCUCCCGGCACUUCCCCGCCCGGACCGUGCUCUUUGAGAAGGAGUCCAACGGCGUCACGUACCGCGUGCCUGCCCUGAUCUACCUGCCUUGCGUGGCCAAGCUGCUGGCUUUCGCGGAGGAGCGGCUGAGCGCUGAUGAUGCCCACGCCAACCUGCUGGUGCUGCGCCGCGGCACCGUCUACCGGAGCUACGUGGAGUGGGAAGACAUGCGUGUGCUGGAGACGGCGACGCUGCAGCACCACCGGUCGAUGAACCCCUGCCCGCUCUACGAUGAGUUCACCGGCACCCUCUUCCUUUUCUUCAUCACGGUGCUGGGCAGGACACCUGAAGCCUACCAGAUUGUCACCGGCCAAAACGUCACCCGCCUCUGCUGUGUCACCAGCACUGACCAGGGCCUGAGCUGGAGCAAGGCCACGGACCUGACUCAGCAGGUCAUCGGCGGGGCCAUCAAAGACUGGGCGACGUUUGCGCUGGGCCCCGGGCACGGGAUCCAGCUGCGUUCUGGCCGUCUGCUCGUACCCGCCUACAGCUACCACAUCGACUGCAAGGAGUGCUUCGGGCAGCUCUGCAAGACCACCCCUCACUCCUUUGCCUUCUACAGCGAUGACCACGGCCGGGGCUGGCGCUUCGGGGAGUUCAUUCCCAACCUGCAGACGGGCGAGUGCCAGCUGGUCUCGGUGGAUGAGGAGGAUGGCUCCAACGUCCUCUACUGCAACGCCCGCAGCCCCUUGGGCUUCAGGGUCCAGGCACUGAGCACGGACGACGGGGCUGUCUUUCACGGGGGACAGCUGGUCCAGCGGCUGGUUGAGCCCCCUCAUGGCUGUCACGGCAGCGUCAUUGGCUUCCCCGCACCUCUUGUGUACGUCCCCACCAGCCCGCCGGACCCUGCGGUGCCACUCCGGGGCUCAGCUCACCGCCUGCUCCCUGGGGUGCUCCCAGCACCUCAGUCCCUGCCCGCCCGGCAGGCAGCGGGCGAUGAGCUGCUCACCAUGGCCACCAGCAGCCACCACAAGCCAGCGGAGCCCCAGGAGAGCUCUCUUACCCCACUGCACCUCAGCCAAGUGGGUGGUGACAUCUUGGUCCAAGAGGACCCUAUGGCAACUCCCAGUCCUGCUCCCUUCUUCCAAGCACCGACGUGGAUCCUCUACUCCCACCCCACCAGCUCCAUGUCACGGGUCAACAUGGGGGUUCACCUGAGCACCUUCCCCAGAGAUGUGGAGAGCUGGACUGAGCCCUGGGUCAUCUAUGAGGGCCCAAGCGCUUACUCGGACCUGGCUUACAUGGAGCUGCCCUACAACGAGGCCUCCAUCGCUGGUGGCACGGCCAUCGCUUUCGCCUGCCUCUACGAGAAUGGGACACGGUCACCCUAUGAGCAGAUCUCUUUUAGUAUGUUCACGCUGCACGAUGUGCUCCAGAACAUCCCCCUGACAGCUUCUACUCCGCAGAAGAACAGCUGUCCUCGAUGCCCCAGAAAGCAGGGGCGAAGGCGCUGCCUGGUCUCCUAGUGCCCUCCCAGAUGGGCUCAUCCACGUUGGACCCCGACCCGCAGCCCGAUGUCUCAAGGAUGCUCACAGCCCAACGUCCUGCCAUCGGCCAGCACGGCCACAUCACACAGCAGGAAGACACUACCAUCUCCAAACGGUUUUUUAACCUCAUUCUUAUUGCUGUUUUUUAAUUAUAGGGUUGGGUGGGCAUGGAGGUUUGUGCCACCAGCGCAGCCCCAGACUCCUUCGGGAGCGCAAACACAGACCGGAGGGGCAGCAGUAGCAGUGCGGGCGAGAAGGCAGCUGGGGGCUGCCGCGCGUGUCACCGCAGGGGGACAGGAUGCUCCGGUUGUGCCCUGUCUCGUCCCACCACUCUGCUCCAAGGGGGUUUCCUUCCAUGGUCAUAAAUAUUGAUGGUCUUUUUU